CCCCCGCCCGUCCUCCGGCCAAGAUGUCUGACAUGGAGGAUGAUUUCAUGUGCGAUGAUGAAGAGGACUAUGACCUGGAAUACUCUGAAGAUAGUAACUCUGAGCCAAAUGUGGAUCUGGAAAAUCAGUACUACAAUUCCAAAGCAUUAAAGGAGGAUGAUCCCAAAGCAGCAUUGAGCAGUUUUCAGAAGGUUUUGGAGCUUGAAGGUGAAAAAGGAGAAUGGGGAUUCAAAGCACUGAAACAGAUGAUUAAAAUAAACUUCAAAUUGACUAACUUUCCUGAAAUGAUGAACAGAUAUAAACAGCUAUUGACCUACAUACGGAGUGCAGUUACAAGGAAUUACUCUGAAAAAUCCAUCAAUUCUAUUCUUGAUUAUAUCUCCACUUCCAAACAGAAUUCUGAUUUUUUAUGCCAGAUGGAUUUGCUUCAGGAAUUUUAUGAAACAACACUUGAAGCUCUGAAAGAUGCUAAGAAUGAUAGAUUGUGGUUUAAGACAAACACAAAGCUUGGCAAAUUAUAUUUAGAACGAGAAGAAUAUGGAAAAUUACAGAAGAUUUUGCGCCAGUUGCAUCAGUCAUGCCAGACUGAUGAUGGAGAAGAUGAUUUAAAAAAGGGCACCCAGCUAUUGGAAAUCUAUGCAUUGGAAAUUCAAAUGUAUACAGCACAGAAAAAUAACAAAAAACUUAAAGCACUAUAUGAACAGUCAUUGCACAUCAAGUCUGCCAUUCCUCAUCCACUGAUCAUGGGGGUCAUCAGAGAAUGUGGAGGCAAAAUGCACUUAAGGGAAGGAGAAUUUGAAAAGGCACACACUGACUUUUUUGAAGCAUUCAAGAAUUAUGAUGAAUCAGGGAGUCCUAGAAGAACCACUUGCUUAAAAUAUUUGGUCCUAGCAAACAUGCUGAUGAAGUCCGGAAUAAAUCCAUUUGACUCUCAGGAGGCUAAACCAUACAAAAAUGAUCCAGAGAUUCUAGCAAUGACAAAUUUAGUAAGUGCCUAUCAGAAUAAUGACAUCACUGAAUUUGAGAAGAUUCUGAAAACAAAUCACAGCAACAUCAUGGACGAUCCCUUCAUAAGGGAGCACAUUGAAGAGCUUUUGCGAAACAUCAGAACACAAGUGCUUAUAAAAUUAAUUAAGCCUUAUACAAGAAUACAUAUUCCUUUUAUUUCUAAGGAAUUAAACAUAGAUGUAGCUGAUGUGGAGAGCUUGCUUGUGCAGUGCAUAUUGGAUAACACUAUUCAUGGCCGAAUUGAUCAAGUCAAUCAGCUCCUUGAACUGGAUCAUCAGAAGAGGGGUGGUGCACGAUAUACUGCAUUAGAUAAAUGGACCAACCAACUAAAUUCUCUCAACCAGGCUGUAGUCAGCAAGCUGGCUUAACAGAAAACAAGCUUUUACAAAACGUACUUAAGGCAACAGUGCAGUGAUGUAAACCUUAAAAGAACUGGGAAUGGCAAAACUACUGUCGGUUGAUGUGCCCUGAAAUUAUUGGAGUUAUGGCAGAAGUGCUUUUUUGAUCAGCUGGUUUGUGUUUUGCUGCUGCAUUUAUCCCAAGAAAAACAGCUUUAAUCUCCAGAAGAAAACCAAAAUGCCACGGGAUUUAUGCUGUAUUGACAUCUCGCCCUAAACAUACAACAUGAUAGUAAUUUGUCAAGGGCAACUAAUGACCAGAGAGAAGAUUUUUUUGUCAUGAUUUUAAAUACACUGACACGUUACUGUUGGUUAAAUUUAAACAUGUUUUACCUGCAGAAAUUCUCUCACAGAAAUAACCUGCAAUAACUUGAAAUGCAUACCCUUUUGAACACUUCCUUUUCUCAUGUAUAAAUUGAAAUGUUUGCUGCAUUUUUCAAAAUGUCAAUUCUCCAAAAAUGUGUCCGUAUAUUUCUGUACCUGCAGCGUAGUAAAGGUUUAGAGGAAACCCCGUAAUUAUAGUGGCAUACUGUCACUUAGGUUUCAAGCAGCAAAAUAAACAGUGCAGUUCAGAAAUUGUACAGUUUGUUUCUUGAUGUGUUUUCAUUACAUUUUGUUUUUUAGAAAAGUAGGUAAGUGAGUAUUCCUCACCUCAGAUACUGAGAACAUUUGGAG